AUGAUGUACAGCCUCGCCACCGCAGCCCUGCUGCUUUCCGGCCUGACGGAUGCAACCCCCCUCGCCCGCCGCCAGGCCACCUCCGAGACGGUCUCCGUCCCCGCGGCACCGGCCUCCUCCCCGAAUCCCUCAGCCCCCUACGACUGGUCCGCCGGCUGCCAAAAGUCCUUCCCCAUCCACCAAUCCUGCAACUCGACACUCCGCGCCCAGCUCGAGGUCGGCCUCGCAGAGACCCAGCAGCUCGCCGCCCACGCCCGCGACCACAUCCUCCGCUUCGGCAACAGCUCAGAGCACGUCCGCAAGUACUUUGGCAACUCGUCCACCGCGACGCCCGUAGGCUGGUACGACCGCGUCGUCAACGCCGACAAGACGGGCAUGACCUUCCGCUGCGACGACCCGGACCGCAACUGCGCUACCCAGUCCGGCUGGGCAGGCCACUGGCGUGGCGCAAACGCCUCCCAGGAGACCGUCAUCUGUCCCCUCUCCUUUGAGAUCCGCCGCCCGCUCGCCUCCGUCUGCGGCCUGGGCUACACCAUUGCAAACUCCAAGCUCAACACCUUCUGGGCCACCGAUCUCCUCCACCGCGUCUUCCACGUGCCCCUCAUCUCUGAGGGCGCCGUAGAGCACUACGCAGAGGACUACGCCGAGGCCCUCGAGCUCGCCAAGAACAACGCCACCUACUCCGUCGUCGAUAGCGACGCCCUGCAGUACUUUGCCAUUGACGUCUGGGCUUACGACAUUGCCGCCCCCGGCGUGGGAUGCCCCGGCGAGCUCAAGGAGCAGCCCGAGGACGAGCCCGCCCCAACGACUACCGCCGCCGCCGGUGCCGCUGCCACCACGGCCGCUGCGACCUCCAGUGCUCCCCAGGAGUGCCACACCCAUGCCGACGGUGUUCAGCACUGCACCUAA